GCGUGUAACGUCCGUUAAAGUAAUUGUUUGUUACGAAAAUGUGAUGUCCACUGAUAGCAGUUUGGGAUGCCACAGUCAAAACAAAGGUAGUUGGGAUAAUAAACGAAGAUUUGUUAUUGUAAGGGUGUACCGUGGUUAUUGGAAAUGGAGACAUAUCCAGGUGUUUAUGACGAACACACUGACUCGACCAAACAGCAAGAGAGACAUUAUUACCUGCUGUCCGAACUACAGACACUGGUCAAAGACUUGCCAAGCUCAUUUCAACAGAGAUUGUCCUACACUACACUCAGUGACUUAGCGUUGGCUUUGAUUGAUGGGACAGUGUAUGAAAUUGUGCAGGGGCUUCUGGACAUUCAACAUCUCACAGAGAAAAAUCUCUACAACCAGAGACAGAAACUGCACAGCGAACACAGAGCACUCAAACAGGAUUUAAUGAAGAAACACAAACAGGCACUGCAGACGUGUAAAUCUCAUAAUUUAGCUGUUUUGAAAACAAACCAGAAGGGGGAGGUAGAGGCCCUCGAACAGCGGGUUAAAGACGAACAGAGAAUGAUGGAUGAGAAGAUUAUCGCGGAGAUUGAUCAGAAGGUUAUAGAUCAGCAGAAUACUUUGGAGAAAGCAGGAGUGCCUGGCUUCUACAUCACCACCAACCCGCAGGAAGUCACCAUGCAAAUGAAUCUACUAGAGCUGAUUCUGAAACUACAACAGAAAGAGACUCAGUCUGGAACCCUGCCUUAAAGAGAAUUGUGGGUAACUGGGUACAUUUGAGCUCAACAGGGAGAGUGUUGACUCUCGGCCGGUCAGU